AGCAGUAAAGCUGUAGUCAACAAUGGCCAAAGAAACAUUCCCCAUAGAACUAAUAGUAGAAAUUCUGUCAUGGCUUCCCGUGAAGCCUUUGAUCCGAUUCAGGUGUGUUUCCAAGACUUGGAAAUCCCUAAUCUUCCAUCCAAUCAUGGUUAAAUUGCACCCCCAAAGGUCGUCCAAAAACCCCCACGUCCUCUUAACAUUUGAGGACAACAACAGGAACAACGAUAACUGUUAUUCCUUCGCUGCAACCUGCUCUAUACGUCGUUUACUUGAGAAUCCAUCAUCCACUGUUGAGGAUGGUUGCUACCAAUUCAACGACAAGAAUCACUUUGUCGUUGGUGUCUGUAAUGGCUUGGUUUGCUUGCUUAAUUCUCUUGAUAGGGAUGACUAUGAGGAAUACUGGGUCCGAUUUUGGAACCCGGCCACAAGGACUAUGUCCGAAGAUUCGCCACGCUUAAGUCUCCAUUGGCGCAAAUAUAAAACUGGGCGGAAUGAUUGGGUCUGUGGGUAUCCUAGGUGUGGGUUUGGCUACGACGGUUUAAGUGACACUUACAAGGUGGUGAUAAUCCUUUCGAAUGUUAAACUACAGAGAACAGAAGUGAGAGUUCACUGCGUGGGUGAUACUCGUUGGAGAAAGACUUUAACUUGUCCUGUUUUCCCGUUUAUGGAACAACUUGAUGGAAAGUUUGUGGGUGGCACUGUUAACUGGUUAGCACUCCAUAUGUCGAGUUCUUAUUAUCGAUGGGAAGAUGUUAAUGUUAAUGAGAUAGUGAUUUUUUCGUAUGAUCUAAACACCCAGACAUACAAAUAUUUGUUGUUGCCUGAUGGUCUUUCUGAAGUCCCUCAUGUUGAGCCUAUUCUCGGGGUUUUGAAGGGCUGCAUGUGUCUUUCUCAUGAGCACAGGAGAACCCAUUUUGUUGUUUGGCAAAUGAUGGACUUUGGAGUUGAAAAAUCUGGGACUCAAUUGCUGAAUGUAAGUUAUCAGCAUCUUCAAGUUCAUGACUUUCCAUCUUGUCCAAUGAUACCAUUGUGCAUGACUGAAAAUAAUGAUCUCUUUUUGCUGGCAAACAAUGAAGGUGAGGAAUUUGUUGUCUACAAUCGGAAAGAUAAUAGAGUACAGUGUACGGAAGGUUUCAAGAACGGCAAAUUUUCAUUUUUUUCUUAUGAUUAUGUUCAAAGCUUGGUUUUUCCGUAUCCAAAUUAA